CGUGCGCGCACUGCGCUUUUUGCUUGUGGCAGGGCGACCGCGGUGCGGCGGCGGCGGCGGAGGCGCACCGGGAUCUUAUCCUUAUUGUAUUUUAUUCUGUUCUUAGCUCUCUGUCCCGACGAACGUCCCACUACAUCCCUAUUGUAAAACUGAACGUUUUAUUGUAACAAAGCCAGUUUAUUAUAAACUAACGUAUUAUGCCAAUAUGUUAGUAAAAACUCAGUCAUUCUUUGCCCGGUCUUCAGACGGUCUGUUUUGUUGUGUGAACGAGUGUUACAAAUAAAAUAAUAAUAACGGCGAAUACAGAUUUUUAAGAAAAUUGCUUUAUCAACUGACAUUAUGAAUGUAAAUGAUUUAGUGACCCGUUUAUUUUUUCUCACCAUUAUUUAUAUUGUCGGAGCUGCACCUGAUAAUAAGAGCUCCGCGUCGAGUCCAGUGAACAACGAGGCGUGCAAGGCGCGUGCGGCCGCGUGCGAGUCGAACGCAGCGCACGCUCGCCGUCCCGUCUGCGGCACCGACGGCCGCACAUACCCUUCACGAUGUCACCUCAUGAUAGCCCAGUGCAACGGCCCACCAGUCAGCAUAGCAAGGAAGGGACCCUGCGUCGAGGGACAGUCAUCCUGCCUGAUAGCGCAACGAUAUGCGCAGAGUGGGAUGUGGUCAGCAUAUGUUCCUCGAUGCCGUGCUGAUGGCAGCUACGCAGCCGUGCAGUGCGCGAGCGCGGGCGCGGCGCCGGGCGGCUGCUGGUGCGUCACUCCUGACGGCAAACCGCUCCCAGAUACUUCUGUCAGGAACGGUAGACCUGACUGCACGAGGACUGGUAAAUCACACACGAGGAGGCGGUCCUCGGUUCGCGGGCAACGCAAUAAGAGAACGUGCACAAGGACCGACCGGGCCCAGUUCAAUGGGAAUCUCAUCAAAAUCUUCAGCGGGGAGUUCGAAAGGGCUCGAACUGAUUCUGGAUCGUCACCAGAACCGAGGGUUGUAGCUGACUGGAAAUUCAGCGAACUGGAUAGAGACCGCAGCGAUGCUUUGCAAAAAUCCGAGUAUCGAGGACUCAGAAGACUUAUCAAAAAGGUGGUGAAACCGAAACGGUGCGCACGGGCAUGGGCGCGCGGCUGCGAUGGUGAUGGAGACGGAGAGAUAGCUCAUGCUGAGUGGGUAGCGUGCUUGCUGGUCAACCCGGAGCCGCCAGCACCGGACUUCUCUCUCCGUUUCUUCAUGUCGUUGAAUGCAGACGAUGACAGCGGUCCGGAACCCGAGCCUGCUGAUUACGAGGAGGAACCGCCACCAGAUCCCAGCUCAGUGUAUUUUAUCUCUGCAGUUUUACCUGGGAUAGUGCGGAACUCGUUCGCGCCUGAUGGAUCCGAGUCUGAAGCGAGGCGGGAAGAUGAGGCUAACGACUGCCUGACCGACAGACAAGCUGUUUUAGAUGAACAGAAGGCGGGCGGAGCUGCUCUGUAUGUGCCCGAGUGUACGGGCGACGGAAGGUACGCUCGCGCACAGUGCUACAGAUCGACUGGCUACUGCUGGUGCGUGCACCAAGACACAGGGAAACCAAUCCCGGGCUCCUCCGUCAAGGAUCGCCGACCUGACUGCGACGCGGCACCACAACACGCCAGUCCGAUGAGAGGUACGGUUUUAUCAGGUUGUCCAGAGCCAAUGAAGAGCAAUUUCUUACGGGACCUGAUGAGCUUCUUCGUGUCCAAAAUGACGACUUCUAUCAACGGUACUGGCCCUGGAGAUAUGGUAAAAUGGGGAGCAUCGAAGGAGGAGCAAGCUGCUACUUGGACUUAUGUAAUGUUAGACAAGGAUAAGAACAAAGCGUUGGAGCGACGGGAGUGGAAGGCGUUCCAUCAGCUGAUAUCCAACGUCGAGCCUCUGAGGCGGUGCGGUCGGAAGCUGCCUAGAUACUGCGACGUAAACCACGACUCCAAGAUCAGUAUUACAGAGUGGAUGGCGUGUUUGGAAGUCACACAAGGGUCACAGGCCCAAACGACUGAAGCUACCAAAGCCCCGUCUAAUCCUAGAAGAAAAGGCCCGAAUCCGCUGGAAUCAUUUCUGAAAGCUGAUGAUUGAUCCAUCGCGUGUCCAUGUGGACUGUGUAUGUAGAGGACGGUGUCAAGUAUUCGUGCCAGUGUUAGUGGUAAGAAAACUGUGCAGUGAAGUGUUCAUGUCUACGAACAGACGAUGGCCAAGCAAAUAUUAUGGAUUUGCCGAUGUUUCUUAAAGUUUAUUUUCAUCAAAAAUAAAUAAUAAGAUAUAUCAUACAUCCGAAGUAAUAAUUUGUAGUAGAAACCUAUGAACGUAAUUACGUAUUUAUGGCUGAGAUGAUGUUUGUUCAUUCGAUGUAUUUCAGACCACUAACGAAUGUGGCCAUUCUAGCUUGUGCGCUUUUACUGUUAUGCCAUAAAUGUCCUACGCCCUAAUAUUUAAUUAUUAAUAAGAGUUUCUGAAAGAUUCUCAAACAUUAUUUGUAAUUAGUUUCUAAGUAGUUUUUGUCGUAAUUUAUUGAAGUUGAUACAAAAAUUCUGACUUUCACUAGUCGUGUAUUUAUGUAAUUCCUUUAGAACUUGCUCUGUCUAGUAACAGAGUGUAAACAUUAUUUUCUGAUUAUUGUACGCGUAUUGUUAUUGUAUUACCCUGUAUUAUUAUUAUGUACUGUACAUAAACAAUUUACCUAUGUAACAUUUCAUGUGCUGCUACAUUAUAUCUAGGCUAGAUAUUUUAAAAUUCUAUACAAAUACAUCUGACACAAAAAGAACUAGUAUUUAAGUAGCCCAGUGUUAUCUGUUGUAACUUUUGUUGGUGAUACUUAUAACUUUGGACUAAAGAUUAUUUCUAAAUUGAACACUAAAUUAAAGACAAGAACGUCUAUUUUGCUCUGUCCCAGAAAAUAUUUAUGUGUUACAUAUCAACAUUUAUUUUUUACAUCUUGUAUAAGCUCGUAUUUAAACUGUGUAUGUAUAGUUUAAUUAGUCAUUGUCAAUUGUAAGGACUAUGUGAUAUUUCGUCAUUACUAUUGCUAAAUAAAAUAAUUUAAUAUUU